AUGGACUCUCAUGUCAAUGGACCCGUCCUCAGACCUGGCCGCUCCUUCAGCGACGUGGUACGGACGAGAGCAGACACGCCUCAGCCUGGUGCUGAGGUCGUGUCCGCUGGUGCUCAAAGCACCGAGGAUACCCCUAGCAGCUAUAAAACUUCGUUAGCACCUAAUUCAGCUACAAAGGUUUUGGAUAACCCAUUCAUUAGCUUGAGUGAAUCGUCAGAUGAGUCCGAGGUGGACACACCUUGGAAAACGGUCGAACGCAGUCACAGAAGGUCUAAGAAGGCAUCAGCUGUAGGAAAAAAACUGUCUAAGGUUGACUUAGUAAGGGAAGCUGAGAAACUCCUUACCACAGAAGAAAAACGACGCAUCCUCGAAAGGAAGCAGGUCGAAAUGAAUGCUGACUCCCGUGAACAGACGAUGUCGUCACGCGAGGAGGGGCCAUCCCAACCCAAGGGAAAGUCUGUUGACCCCUGGAACUGGGGGAAUGCGAACCUUGAGGAGUCUGAAAUAGACAUUGAGGCCCAAAGAGAGGCCCUCUCUACGUGGGCUAAGACCCACCAGUGGGCUAAGGGAGCCCAACGGGAAGAACCAGUCGAGGACUCCGAUAAGGAGAAUGACCCUAACAUUGGAGAUCCAAUAGCGGAGGCCGUGAAGGCCACCGAAGAGCGAAUGAUGAAGCUGUUUGAAAAACAAAUUCAACGGUUACAACAGAAGCUCGAAAAGAAGGAAGACCUACCUACCAAGAAGGUAAAAAUUAAGCCUCCCAGAAAGGAGAAACCGAAAGGGACAGGAAGGGAGCUGCGAAGCACCAAUCCUGUUAAAGAAAUGAUGGAGAAGACAGGGAGUAAGCCGUCUAAACAUGGGGAGAGAUCCACCCCACCUGCCAUGGAUGCAGUAGCCCAGAUUGCCCCCAAGAGCUACCUGGGCCAUGCCGAAGAAUCGACGAGCUCUCUGUCGUCGAGUUCUCCAGAAUCCGAAUCGCUGGAGAGUUCAAGUUCGUCAUCCAGUGAGACAAUCGAUAGCUCGACGUCCAGCGAAACUAGUGACUCGUCCGAAAGAUCGGACUCUACAGCUAAGAAACGAAGGAAACGUUCGAAGAAACGUAAGAGCCACAAGAGGAAGAGAUCCUCUAGGAAAAGCACCUUGAAGCCAAUCCCCCCCACCGAAUAUGAUGGUGUGGAGGACUCCAGGGUGUUCCAUCGGUUUAUAACCGAAGGUACCGCUUAUCUGGAGGAUGGGAACGUGUCGCGAAAAUGUCGAGUGUUUACCUUGUCCCGAUUUCUCAAGGGAAAGGCGCACGAGUUCUACCUAAGACAAGUGUCAGAUAGUCCUAGCACAUGGAGAGUGGAUGAAUUCUUUACUGAGUUGUUCAACUACUGCUUCCCAUUGGACUAUAGCACCAAGCAGCGUAAAAAACUGUACCAAUGUUAUCAAGGGGACAAGCGUGUGCGAGACUACUUGUCAGAACUAAAUGAACUAUGGUUAAUGAUAGGGAACGUACCUGAACAAGACAAAGUCGUUAAGUUCUGGUUCUGGUUGAACCCGAGCAUCCAAACCGAACUCUACAAAAUGAGACUGAACCCGGAGGUGUCCUCGCUAUCGAAAGUCCAAAAGACAGCCGAGAUUAUCGAGCUGGCCAACUCCACCGUGGGGUCUCGGCCAUGUGAUGAUGGGUCCAAAGGACACAAACCAUCUGGAGAAGAUAAGUCAGGACGGACCUCAAAAGGGACUGAUAAGACGACAUACCCAAACCAGUCAUCGGGAUCAUCGAAGGACCAGAAUGGAGCCCGGCACCACGGCUCCAAAGACAAAGGUCGACGAGACCGAUCGAAUCCCAAGGAUCGACGGAAAGAGCAUUUUAAUGAACCUAAAAUGAGCAAAGAAGAACACAACAAGUUAAUGUCUGAAGGACGAUGCUUUGUUUGCAAAGAAACCGGGCACAUGUCACGACAGUGCCCUAAAAAACGAACAGUACUUUCGACAUCCAGGGAUAGACCCCCUGGAGUCCCAAGUUAUGCGAUGCACGUCGAC